GCAAGGUGGCGAGGCACGUCAACAGCUAUGGCGGAAGGGGAGGAAGCGCUGCCGCUGAGCAGCUGGGAAAAUGACCUUGCAGAAGCGCUUGAGGAAGGUGGCUGUGAUCUUGAAACAGUCCGAAACAUAAUCGAAGGGAGACCUCUACCUGAUUCUCUAAGACCCAAGGUCUGGAAGAUUGCUUUGAACGUCAUAGGCAAAGGGGAUAGUCUGGCGUCCUGGGAUGGUUGUUUAGAUCUUCCAGAACAGACAGUGAUUCAUAAAAACUGUGAAGAACUGGUUGAUCAGUUGUCAGUGCCAGAGGAGGAGAAGUCAGCAUUACUUCUGGAUAUUGAAUCUGUGAUUACCUUUUACUGUAAAUCUCGUAAUGUUAAAUACAGUUCUAGCCUUAGUUGGACAUAUCUGCUUAAACCACUGGUGCAUCUUCAACUUCCGCGAAGUGACUUGUACAACAGUUUCUAUGCUAUCAUGAAUAAGUACAUCCCCAGGGACUGUUUUCUGAAAGGGAGACCAUUUCAUCUCUUUAGGCUGCUCCUCCAGUAUCAUGAACCUGAACUCUGCUCUUUCCUUGACACCAAAAAGAUGACGCCUGACUCAUACACACUCAACUGGCUUGGCAGCUUAUUUUCCUGCUAUUGUUCAUACGAAGUCACUCAGGCAAUAUGGGAUGGCUACCUCCAGCUAGCUGAUCCAUUCUUCAUUUAUUUCCUUAUGCUUAUCAUCCUUGUUAAUGCAAAAGAAGUGAUCUUAGGACAAGAAUCAAAUAGCAAAGAGGAAGUCAUACAAUUUCUAGAAAAAUCCCCUGCCAGUUUAGAAUUAGAAGAUAUAGAAGACCUUUUCUCGUUGGCACAAUAUUACUGUUGCAGAACUCCAGCUUCCUUCCGAAAGGACAAUCACAGUAUUUUUGGCAGCAGCUUGUUGGGUCUCAAAGACGAUGAUUCAGACUUGAGCCAAGCUCUGUGUCUAGCAGUUUCUGUGUCCGAGAUUCUUCAAGCAAAUCAGCAGCAAGGGGAUGGAGUAAGGUUCUUUGUGGUGGAUUGUCGCCCUGCAGAGCAGUAUAAUGCUGGACAUUUAUCAACUGCCUUUCAUUUAGACUCUGACUUGAUGCUCCAGAACCCAUCAGAAUUUGCCCAGUCUGUGAAAUCUCUGUUAGAAGCACAGAAGCAAUCUAUUGAAUCUGGCUCAAUAGCUGGUGGAGAGCAUCUUUGUUUCAUGGGAAGUGGCCGGGAAGAAGAGGAUAUGUAUAUGAACAUGGUGCUAGCACACUUCCUACAGAAAAAUAAAGAAUAUGUAAGCAUCGCUAAAGGAGGAUUUAUGGCACUGCAACAGCACUUAGCAGACAUUAAUGUGGAAGGACCUGACAAGGGUUACGGCCACUGGAUCGCUAGUACGUCAGGUUCAAAAAGUAGUAUUAACUCCUUAGCUGAGGUCGAUUCUUCUAACGGUUCAAGUGAGGGGAAGGGUGUCAAGUCCUUGGUAAACAAGAUGACUGUAGCUUUGAAGACCAAAUCUGUCAACGUGAAAGAAAAAGUUAUUAACUUUAUUGAAAACACAUCUACUCCCGUAGACAGAAUUUCUUUCAAUCUGUCCUGGCCCGAGAGAGCAAGUAUGCUGCGGCAUGUCAGCAGCAGUGACAGACUGGGGAAACCUUACCGAGGCGUGAAACCUGUCUUCAGCAUUGGUGACGAAGAAGAAUAUGAUACUGAUGAAAUUGAUAGCUCCUCGAUGUCAGACGAUGAUCGAAAAGAAAUUGUCAACAUUCAGACUUGGAUAAAUAAACCAGAUAUAAAACAUCAUUUCCCUUGCAACGAGGUGAAAGAAAAUGGGUACAUGUUUCCUAGUCAUCUUCUAGUAACUGCAACACACAUGUACUGUUUGCGGGAGAUUCCAUCUCGAAAGGGAUUGGCUUACAUACAGUCCCGACAGGCGUUAAACUCCGUCGUUAAGAUCACAUCCAAGAAGAAACAUCCUGAAUUAAUUACCUUUAAAUAUGGAAACAGCACCGCUACAGGCAUAGAGAUCUUAGCAAUUGAGAGGUACCUGAUUCCAAAUGCUGGUGAUGCUACCAAAGCCAUAAAGCAACAGAUUAUGAAAGUUCUGGAUGCACUGGAAAGCUAAUAAGAAAAUACAUUUCAACAGCUUUUUUUUCCAAAAGAA